CCCGAAAGGUGGGUGUACCAAAUUUGGUGGCGGUUAAGCCAAACACCCGAUAAAGUUGGAAUGGGUGUCUGGUGGAUCUGUGUGUCACUCUGACUUAUGUGGUUUUUAAGAGCACCACCGUGUGGCGUGUUUGUCAGAAAAGUAAUAGCACGGGCAACACAGUCGGGGUGCAUGUUUUCACCAAAUUUCACCCUUUUGUGUGCAGCGGUUGAGGAGUAGAAGAGUUCCAAAAAGCGUGGCGUGCCCUCACGUUGUCCCUGCAUAGAUAAUGUUGGAGGAAGUGGAGGGGGGGAUAGAGACCAAGACAGGCCAGGGUGGGUGAAGGAGUUUGGGGUGUGUUGAGGAGGAGGAGGCUGAGGUGAUAUUUAAGCCAGUGGUAAACUCUCUCCUCAUCCAUCUCUGCCUCGACUGUCUCUCCAUCUGCACCGCAUCCAACACGAAGCAGGCCUUCCAUCAGCACUCAGGUCUACGACAUGGUGUAUGAUCAAGGAUAGAUGAUGUCGCCAUAGAUCUACAGUUGAUUGGCAUCCAGGGGCUUUUUGUGUGACUAAGCGAGUGUGGAAGGCCUCAUAUCAUCAAGCACCUCAGGUUACUCGGCCUCUUAGUUUUCGGAAUUAACAAGCGAGGUUUGUGUUUCACUGCCGGUGUCCAUGUUGGAUAAUUGCAGGCACGUGUCCUGCAGCGGAUCAGGGCAUCCACUGUUGGUGGGGGGAAACAGGAGUUCAGAACAUUCCAUGAAAUAGUUUUUUAAUGUAUUGUUGUAUCUCUUGUUGUGUAUUAGCUUGGCUGAAAUAGAAAAGUACUCGGAGAGCGCGGACCUCCACCAAGGGACGUACUUCCUCCCCCCACCCAUAUUGUGAUUCACACCAAAAUAAUAAUCCUACACUUUUGGGGUCAGUCUUUGAUAUUGGAAACUUGUCCUGUAUUUUUUUUCAAGUGCUCUGACCAUUUUUUGUGGAGUUAUACGCACAAAUGGCGAAAAUGGUCUUAUGUCGCAAUGUUAAAGAAUGCUUUAAAAAAAUUCCUGAUCCGGAUGACCCCCAGAUCUUCCAUAUCCCAUUUCCGACAAUUCAUGAAAAUUUCACCCAAAUCCAUUCGGAACUUUUCAAGGUAUUUUGAAGACAAACAGACAAACGCCGGCAAAGACCUUCGCGCUUUCGCUUGGCAGAGGUAAUAGCCCGCUACGUCAAUAUACUUCAGUGUUUAAAAUAAAUGAAUUACUGAAAUUAUUAAUCAAUUAUUAAUUUAUUUAAAUCAAUAAUGUAUUAAUUUAAAUUAAUUGAGUGUUUUGUAGUCUUUAUGCUAUGAUAUGAAAUAUACUACUUUUUAAAAUUUACCAGUCCCAUUAGGUGAAUUUGAAAAAUGUCCGUAUCGGACCGGCGUCGCCGAUAUCAGCCUGAAUUGGACUCAGUAUGGAAUUGGAAAGGGUUAGGGUUAGUGUCAGGGUUAGAGUGGCAUCCCAAACCAUAACCCAGUGGUAUCGCACAUCACUGCAAUAAGUUAUCCCUCAGUUCCACACAGCAUAUGUUGUUUUUUUCCAGUAGAAGUUGUGCAUAAUGCGACGUUUACUGUAUGGAUGCUCUUUGUUUGUUUUGAACCCCUCUGAGACUCACUGACUCGUCUGUGUCUGUGCACAGUCUCCACACAGUCUCAUCGCAGCGGCAGCAGCAGCAACGCCGAGAUGCCUGACACAAUGUGUCAUGUCCAAGGAGCCCACUUCCAACCUGGAAAGUGCCAUGCAGAUGCUCAUCAAAACCUUCCACAAGUACUCGGGGAAGGAAGGCGACAAGUACACACUCAGUAGGGCGGAGCUGAAGGAGCUGCUGCUGGAGGAGCUGGGGAGUUACUUAGGGAGCUCCAAAGAUAACGAGACGGUGGAGAAGAUCAUGAACGACCUGGACGCCAACAACGACGGCGAGGUGGACUUCACCGAGUUCAUCAUCCUGAUGGGCGCCCUGACGGUGGCCUGCAACGACUUCUUCCUGGAGUUCAAGACGGACGACAAGCCCAAGGGCGGCGAGGCGGCGGAGUAGAACCACUGAGUCAGGGAGAGGGGGCUGAUGGAAUGGGGAGGGAAGGGGGAAAAUGGUUGUAAAUCACAGGGGAUGAGGAGGCAGUUGGAUUUUUCUGUCUUACGCAAUGUUUCAACAACACACAGAGUACUGUGCAAACGUCUAAACCGUGGUCGGACACAUACGGGACACUUUGCAGGAUUACACUAAAUAUACCAAAUAGAAUUCCACUGAACCACGCGGAGGGGUGGCACAGCGCUCAACAAGUUGGCGCUUUAGUGAGAAUCUAGAUACAAGUGCAGAUUGAGUUCCUUGAGUGAUAUUCAAUCAAGACAGACUGGCCCACAGGUUCUGUGCACAACUGACUCGUUAAAAACCCCCACCAGCGGCUAACACUUUUGCAGCAGAUUCCUACAAACAGGACUUCUGUCAUAGAGAGGAUCUUUGACUAACCUUUUUUUGUAGUGGGUCCAAACAGAAGAGCAUUGCUGUCUAUAUAUAUCGAUAGAUGUACAUCUUUGACGAGCGUUCUUAAAGUCGGUCGUGAAAAACAGCAGAGAGUUGUGGCCAUUUUUACAUUAAGUCCAUAAAAAACAGUCAUAUAGAGGAUCUUUGACUGAGUGUUUUUGCAGCAGGAACCUAACAGCAGAACACUCUGGUCACAUAGAAGAUCUUUGGUGUUUUUGGGGGAGGGGUUUCAGAAGAUUCCAUAAAACAGCAGAGUGGUCCUGUCAUAAAGAGGAUCUUUGAUUAACAUUUAUUUUUUAAGCAGAUCCGAAAAAUAUCAGCAUGCUCCUGUCAUACAGUGAAUCUUUAACAAGAGUUUUUGCACGUGGUGCUUAAAAACAGCGGAGUGAUCCUGUCAUAAAGAAGAUCUUUGACUAGCAUUUUUUUUUAGCCGAUUACUAAAAACAGCAGAGCGUUCCUGUCAAAUAUAAUAUCUUUGACUGCUACUUUUGCAAUAGAUCAGCAUUUCCAACAGCAGACCAUUCCUGUCUAUAUUUACAUAUCAUCGAUAUACUUAUUACGGUGGCUAUUUGACAAUCGUUUUUGCAGUCGAUUCCUAAAAACAACACUCAUGUUUACACAGAAGAUUUUUGACUAGUGUUUUCUCCUGUCACUUAAAGUAUCUUUGACGAGCUCUUUUCCCCACUUAAAACAGCAGACACCUCCUGUCAUAAAAAAGAUCUUUGACAAGUGUUUUUGUAGUAGAUCCCUAAAAACAGCAGAUUGCUCCACUCAUUUUCAUCUUUGACAGAUCUUUGACUAGCAUCUUUUUUCUUCUUUUUUUUUGCUGUUGUUGGCCUUGAUGGAUGUCUGCGUGAUACUAUCAUUGCUACCAACAGUGCUAACGUACUUUUGCACAGUACCCUGCCCCGAGCCACAAACACAUGGGUCGCUGACCGCAACACAUGUGUUUUUCACAGCUUUACGCAGCAUUCAUCAGCACAUCACUGAGUCUUUUUAACUCUCUGCUACUCUGAAUGUUUCUUGGACAAAAAAAUGGCAGUGAGAAGAAAUUCAAUUACAGGAAGGGGGGUGAGAAUUCCUGUGAAUACAAAUGCAAUAUUAAAUCACAGUUUAUUAUAUUAUUGCCUUCAACAGUGGAACGUUUUUUCCUCCUUCUCUGAGCGCCUAUUUUGUAAUCUUUUUUUUUUUUUGGUAAUGACUCAUGCAUUC